GGCUGCGAAGGCAUGUGGUAGUUAGUCGAGGAGAAGGCGGUCAUCAAUAGAGACGUGAAAUAGGACUAGUGAUAAUCAAAUGAAAUAGAACCAUGCCAAGGCCAACUACGCAACAAGAUUUGACUUAUGCAAGUAAAUAGCAAAAUGGCACCCUUGCGGCCGCCUGCAAAGCGCGCCAACAAGGCCACGACUUGUCUCGUGUGUGCUGCUGAGAUUCCCGUGGACGGCGAAAUCUGGCCGCUUUCAGAGGCCCAGUUAGUGGAGUAUUUUGAGAACAAGCAGGCUACAUCCACAACUUCGCCGGUUAAAGAACCCUUGGUAAAGCGCACGGGACGAUUUCAAUGGGUCCACCUGGCCUGUGCAGAGGAUGUCGUGGUGAGGGCGCUCGGCAUGUGUCCAUCUGCCGAUAGCAUGCGGCCUCCUAUUUGUCCUCACUUUCAAAGACGAGGCAGAUGCUUUCUCGGCGAGGACUGUUUCUUCCUGCACGACGAGCAAGUUGCUGGUGGAAAAAGAGAAGAACACCCUCACACGACGACAGAGAAACUGAAACUUCUCUCAUCUUCCGGCUUUGCACCGACGCCGAGCACCUCGGCAGGAUCUAGUGACGCGGAGGACCUGGUGGCUCAGAGCAACUCAUCACAACACGAACACAGAGAGAGUGAUGCAGCUGCGAAUACGUCCCGCGCUCGCCUGGAGGUUUUAUUUUGUGAGCCGGUCCAAGGUUCAUGUGGCCUUCCAGCACAAGAGGACGCGAGCCCAGCAGCCCAAGUGUUAGCUAAGCAAAAGCCGCCGAAAAUUUUACCUAUGUUUGGGAAGUCUGGCCGCGUUGGUGUGUUUCGCCGAUGGCUUAUCGAUGAGAUUUUUCCUCAGUUGCAGCGCCAUGAUCAAGAAAUCGAUGCUAGUAGCAAAGAGCAGCGCAGAAAGCGGCGCUUGACCAUCAUGGACGUCGCAGGUGGCAAGGGUGAACUGAGCUUCGAACUGUCAUACCUGAAUGGCCACGAUACUGUGCUCUGGGACCCACGUCGCUCAGAUUUCAAACCUUUCAGCGACAAGCUGGAAAAGAAGGGCUAUCACUGCAACCCGCGGCUUUUACCGUAUGUCGACGUGCCACUGGAAAAGGCGCUGGCGAACAAGAGCUCGACGGCAUCGGCAACACGGGGAUACAAAAAAUUGUCUGAAAAGCAUGAUGAUGGCGGAGACGAGAAGCCGGGGGCAUUCUUGGAGCAACAUAAUACACCGUCUCCUGGCCUCAUUCGACACGUGCGGCUUUUUUUCGACCAUGAACUCACACGAAAUGUGGCCGAACACAACCAUGAUGGGCAGGCUCCGGCACAACUUUGGCGCGACUUUCUUGCUAGAGCCCGGCAGCGGGUCGCGGACGAAGUUCUCAUCGGCGAAUCGACAAAGUUCCAGAAGUACAAGAAACUUCGUGGUGGCCGACUGGUGAAGGCAGAGGACGAACGCGACGAAGAAGACGCGUCUCCGCUGCCAGCUACUGGCGAAGGACGGCUCUCGACAUUGGUAGUGGAAGAGUCCCAGGAUUUAGUUUCGGCCAUGGAAGUGACGAGCGAUGACAUUUUCGUCCGCGAGUUGCUGAUACACAAAACGGAUCUUUUUCUCGGCAUGCACCUUGACGGCGCAGCCGAGAGCGUGGUCGACUUCGCGCUCGCGCACAAGAAGCCCUUCGCCAUCGUGCCCUGCUGUACCUGUUCAAAAAUGUUUCCAAACCGAAAGCAUCCACGGACCGGAAAGCUCGUCAAGAGCUAUCCAGAUCUGUUGGAAUACUUGAUGCACAAAGAUCCUGGCAUAAAGAAAACAACUCUAGACUUCUCCGGCAAAAAUGCCGUUUUGUACAAGAUCCACUACAACGAUACUAGCGACGAUUCUUGUAUUCGAGAAGGAGAAACACACAUAGGACCAUGAAUUUGAAUGAAUUUCUUGCAGCGACACAGCGAACGACGACAACAUCAACGAACAU